GGUGGGGGAGGAGCCAGCCCGCCCCGCUCACCCCUCGCUGCAGCCCCUCCACUUUUUUGCGUCUCCGCACAUGCAUCUUCGCCUCCAACUACGCGCUCCCGCAACAAAGCGCGUCCAUAUCCUCUCCUCGGCAAUGCCCAGACACCCUCACCCAUUCCUCGUCGGCUCUAUUUGUCGCGACCGUCGGUCUUCCUUCGGAUCGCCCGUGGCUGA